AGUAGAACCAUGCUUAGGUCUCAAAUUCAAAUUUUCAAAUGUGAUUAGAAGAUAGAUAAUAAAUUAUGAAAACUACUUUUCUAAAUUAUUCAAAUAAUUCAACUGUUCUUCAUGUUCCAAAGUUGAUUAUACCUCACCCAUUUCCCAAAUGUCAAAGUUCUUGAGCCAGCACAAAACCCCGAGCCCGACCCACUGUAAUCCAAUGCGAUGACACUGAAUACUUUCCGAACUUGCCUUGUUGCCCACAUUCACAUCUCAUAUAUUGCAGAACUUUCACCAUUCCUUCCAUUGGUGAUCUCUCCCAUCCAACUGUAGCACAGCCAGCUCUUCAAAAGCUUAAACCCUCCCAUUUUCCAUCCGUUAGGGUUUUAGUCCCCCACCAUCGUCCCAUGGACUCCGCCGCAGAAUCGACCCACCCCCCGCAGAAGCAACAGGAAGAAGAAGAGCAGAAGACCCAGAGCAAGAAAGCCGCCAAGAAAGAAGCCGCCAAGCUCGAGAAGCUCCGCCGUCGCCAGGAGGCCGCCGCCGCCCAAACCGAUGUCUCUAACCUCUCUCUAGAUUCCGUCGUCGACCCCCUCGCCGCGAACUACGGCGACGUCCCGCUCGUGGACCUGCAGUCCAAGGCGGUGACCGGCCGUAAAUGGACGGAUAUCGGGUCGCUGACGGCGGAAUUGAAGGACCAGAACGUGUUCAUACGCGGCCGGGCGCAGGCGAUCCGGGCUGUGGGGAAGAACAUUGCGUUUUUGGUGGUAAGGGAGAAGGGGUGCACGGUGCAGUGUGUGUUGACCGUGGCGCCUGACCUCGUUAGCCGCCAGAUGGUGAAGUACGCCACUAGUUUGAGCCGCGAGUCGCAUGUCGACAUUGAAGGAAUCGUGUCUGUUCCCGGUGUUCCCAUUAAGGGAGCAUCUCAACAGGUGGAAGUUCAAGUGAGGAAGCUGUAUUGCAUCAGCAAGGCUGUUUCAAAUCUGCCCAUUAAUAUUGAGGAUGCUGCUCGGAGUGAACUAGAAAUUGAAAAAUCUUUGCAGGCUGGAGAACAGCUUGUUCGUGUUAAUCAGGACACACGUUUGAACUACAGGGUUCUUGACAUGCGAACACCAGCAAAUCAAGGAAUUUUUCGUGUUCAAUGUCAAGUUGAAAAUAUAUUCAGGCAGUUCUUAUUAUCAGAAGGGUUUGUUGGAAUCCAUACCCCAAAGUUAAUUGCUGGCUCCAGUGAAGGUGGUUCGGCUGUUUUCAGGCUGGACUACAAAGGGCAGGCUGCAUGUCUGGCACAAUCACCACAACUUCACAAGCAAAUGGCAAUCUGUGGUGAUUUUGGGCGUGUUUUUGAGAUUGGUCCUGUCUUUAGAGCAGAAGACUCUUACACUCAUAGACAUCUAUGUGAGUUUACUGGUCUUGAUGUUGAAAUGGAGAUCAAGGAGCACUAUUUUGAGGUAAUGGAAAUUGUGGACCGCUUGUUUGUUGCAAUGUUCAACAGUCUGAAUGAGAAUUGUAAAAAAGAACUUGAGGCUAUUGGGAAGCAGUAUCCAUUUGAACCUUUGAAGUACUUACCGAAGACGUUACGGCUAAAAUUUGAAGAUGGAGUUAAAAUGCUUGAGAAAGCUGGCGUGAAAAUUGAUCCUCUUGGGGACCUUAACACAGAAUCAGAGAGAAAAUUGGGCCAGCUAGUUUUGGAAGAGUAUGGCACAGAGUUUUAUAUACUUUACCAAUAUCCUUUGGCUGUUAGGCCAUUUUAUACCAUGCCCUGCUGUGGUAAUCCAGCUUAUAGCAAUUCAUUUGAUGUAUUUAUACGGGGUGAGGAGAUAAUUUCAGGAGCUCAACGUGUUCACGUUCCAGAAUUCUUGGAAGAACGUGCAAAAUCAUGUGGGAUUGAUGUCAAGACUAUAUCAACAUAUAUUGAUUCCUUCCGAUAUGGUGCGCCUCCGCACGGUGGAUUUGGGGUAGGUCUGGAGCGUGUGGUUAUGCUCUUCUGCGGUCUCAACAACAUUCGAAAGACAUCACUCUUCCCUCGUGAUCCUCUGAGGAUUGCUCCGUGAUUCUGCAUACCCAACUGGCCCACGGGUCUAAUUUUGUCUCUUUUCAUUAUUGGGACUCGUUUGUUUUUGAUGCCCCAUAAAGUUGACAGAUUAAUAACAAGUUGAGUAAAAUUAGCAGCAGCAGCAUUUUAGCUUUUGUUUUUCCUCCCAUUGCUGCUUCAUUGUGCCGUAUUAUUGACAUGCAACAGAACCUCGUAUCUGUGAAUCUGCGUUUCACAAAAUUCACAUUUAAUUUAGUCUGCAUAUGUAUACUAUUUCGGCAAUGAUAUACUUAAUCCUGGGAAUGGACACUAUUUCAGCUGUA